CACAACAAUGCAGCUGAAGAUGGUUCUAAAAUGGCCUUGCCCUUGGACUAUCCUUGUCAGCAUCGCAAUCACCUUUUUGGUCACACCUGCGAACACUCAAGUGUGCAAUGGCCUUUUCCCAGAUGAACAGCAAAUAUGUGAAGGCACCAAUAGCAUGGCACUGGAAUCCAAACUACGUUCUGGCAUCCUAAGUGAUUACUGUAUCUUCACCGUCUCCCAAUAUGCGUGUGUUCAGUGUCACUUGCUGGCAAAGUUAAACAGCGGCAAUUUGGCCUCGAUCUUCGAAUGUUUUGCUGUCAUGAAGCCUGUGAGUCUCUCUGAUGUCAAUGCUACCAUAUUAUUCAUACAGAAGAUCAGUCUAUCGAAAUUUGAGGAGUCGCUGGAGAAGGUCAAUGCGAAGAUUAAUGACACAUUUUUGGUUCCACUGAUGGCCAAAGAAACAAUCCUUCGUGCCACAUGGGAGAGAUAUAAAGCCGAUACAAGAUUAAAAAAUGCAACAUUUCUCGAAAGCUUUCUACAGCUCCUCAGACCGUUUAUUGCUGGCAUUUCUAAACCCAUUCUGCAAUCUCUUCCAUACUGGAACAUAUCAUGUGAUGGUUUCAAAGCAUUUGUGCAAGGAUUCAGCACAGGUCUGGCAGAGAUGACAUUGGAUACAAAGGCAGCUCUGGAGGACUGGAUCUUUAGUUACAUCAAUGCCACAGGUGUGAGUUGCAUCACCAAUACGAGCAAGUCUGGGAAAUGGUUGGUGAAGAACUGGGAAUUCAUCAAUGAUCUCAUCAAGUCGGUGAAUCUUAAUCAGCAGAAAACAAACUCCACUCCAAUUAGCACGACGGUGAUUCAAAACAAGACAGUAGGCGACUCAUUACUCAACGGUAUCUUUGGUGGCCUGGCACCCCUCUUUCCAGUGUUUAAACCUGAAAACUUCACUGAGUGGUUCAAGAAGAAGCUAUCGUUCCUGUUACCCAGAAUUACAAGCUCUGAGCUUGCUAGCAUACCCACAAACAUAACAUGUGAAUCUUAUCAGGCCAUAAUGAAAGGAUUUAACAGUGUGGUAAGCUUCACAUUGCCACAAAUUGGUGAUCUGUACAGAUUUGGAAAAAACAUCCUCUCCCAACAUAUCAUUUUAUCAGGUUCAGAAUGUGAUGCUGAUGUGAAAAAAGACCAUGAAGAGAUACAAAGGAAAUUUAUGCAAUCCUUAAGAGGCUUGUCAUUCAAGAGCUUCUUAGCUCUGAACUUUUCUGGAUUUGAGAUAUUGGAUCUCCUGCCUCCACAAAUACUUUCUGGGCUGACUGUGCACUCUGAUGCUUUGAAUGACAUGGACAAAAUCAGCCAAAUCAUUGACACACUUGCCAGCAAAAAUUUCAGUGACCUGAUUGCGUAUUUGACACAAUUUGUUGCUGAUACAAAAGAGAUGAAUGUUACAACCUUUCAAAAUACAACAAUAAGACGCUUGAUGCUGAGCAAGAUCAUGAAGUUGUUGGAACCGUUCUUUCCAAAGCUUAACACCAGCGACUACGUCGACUUGUUCCAGAGGAAAUUAUUUCUGCUGUUGCCUAGUAUCACAGAAAAGGAGCUUGCCACCAUACCCACCAACAUAAGCUGUGAAUCAUAUCAAGCAAUCAUUCACGGUCUGAGUGAUUUGUAUCGAAAUCUAUCUGAGCCGCAGCAGAGACAGAUCUACACCUUCAGCAAAAAAUUCUUAUCCUUUCAGAUUAACUUUGCAGGUUCCAAAGGAAUUCCAUGUUCUUCCAACAUGGCUGGAACCCGUGACUGGCUGCAGAAGAACUUUUAUAAAUUCAGUGCCCACGUUUCCUACAUAGAUUUACUGCAGUUGAACAAGAACUUGUCUGUACAUGAAAUAUUGGACCUACUGAAUACACCUGAACUUUCUGGACUGGCUGUAAAGUCACUGAAUAACACAUCUCACAUCAAAAUGAUCAUUGAUGCCCUUGGUAAUAGAAGCUUCACUGAUCUGGUCACCUUUAUUACCCAAUUUGUGAAUGAGACACAAGUGAUGAAUAUUAAAGCCAUUAAAAGCACAGCAAUAAAGGGCAUAUUGCUGAAUGGGAUUAUGCGACUAUUGAGACCCCAGUUUGUGAGAUUUAAUACUAGAGAUUACAUUGAGUGGUUCCAGAAAAGAUUACAAUUACUGCUGCCCAGUAUCACAGCCGAGGAGCUGGCCUCUAUACCCACUAAUAUAUCAUGUGAAUCAUAUCGAGCCAUAUUGAAAGGACUGGAUAAUUUGUACCAAAGUUUUACACCCUCACAGUGGCAGGACAUCUACAUGUUUUGUAAAAAAGUUUUGAAUUCGCACCCCACUUUAUCAGGUUUGCCAUGUGCUUCUAACACAACUGGAAUCCGCGAUUGGCUACUUAAGAACUUCUAUCAGUUCAAGUCACGGAUUCCCUUCACGGAGUUGCUACAUCUGAGCAAGAACGUUUCUGUGUUUGAACUACUAGACUUACUGAGUGCACCACAGCUCUCUGGAUUGACCGUGAAGUCACUGAAUAAUGCAUCUGACAUCAAUAUGAUCAUUGAAAGCCUCAGAAACAAAAACUUCACAGAUUUGAUUGCCUACAUUACCCAAUUUAUUGAGGACACACGGCAGAUGAACAUUACAUCUAUUCAACAAACAGGAGUAAGAGACGCAUUGCUGAAUGGGAUUAUGCGACUAUUGAGACCCCAGUUUGUGAGAUUUAAUACCACAGAUUAUGCUGUGUGGUUCCAGAAGAGAUUACAAUUGCUGCUGCCCAGUAUCACAGCCGAGGAGCUGGACUCUAUACCUACUAAUAUAUCAUGUGAAUCAUUUCGAGCCAUAUUGAAAGGACUGGAUAAUUUAUACCUAAACCUUACACUGUCACAGAAUCAUGGAAUCUAUGCUUUUGGUAAAAGGUUUCUGAAUUUCCAGCUCAGUCUAUCAGGUUCCCUGGGUAUUGCCUGUGUUGAUAACACCACUGGAACCCGUGAAUGGAUAAUAAAGAACUUCUUCCAAUUCAUGGCACAUUUUAAAUACAGGGACUUCAUAAUACUAAACAAGGACUUCUCUGGUUUUGAAAUUUUGGACUUGCUCAGCCCACAGCAACUUGCUGAACUGACUGUCACCUCUGCAUUGAAUGACACGGAGAAAAUCAACCAGAUACUCAAUACUCUCGCAAGCAGACGCUUCAGUGACUUGAACAAAUACAUGAUUCAAUUUAAUCGAGAAGCUGAAGAGGCAAAUAUUACUGUUAUUGAAAAUGCAAGAGUGCGACACAUAAUGCUGAGCAGAAUCAUGAAGCUGCUGCAACCACAGUUUCCAACAUUUAAUACCAUCGACUAUAUUGACUGGUUCCAGACCAAAUUAUUUCUUCUGCUGCCCAGUAUUACAAAAAACGAACUUGACAUCAUUCCCUUCAACAUAACCUGCAAAGCUUACCAAUCUAUAGUGAAAGAACUGAACAAAAUAUAUUCAGAUUUCUCAAUGGAACAACAAAGAAACAUUUCUGUUUUUAUUGUUGGUUAUUUGUCUGCCCAACGUGUUUCAACAGAAACUGCAUGUACGGCUGGUACUAAUGGAAGUAAGGCUUGGCUCCAAAUUAACUUCGGCAGGUUCCAUUCAUUUGUCCCCUACAACAUACUCCGAGCUCUGAACAAGAACUUCAUUGGGACUGAUGCCUUGGAAUCAUUGUCUGUCUCACAACUGGGGGAAUUGGUUGGUAAUGGGACACUGAGGAACAGCAAUGAUGUGCAGAGAAUUUUCAAAAUCAUCAAUAAUGGCACCAUUGUUGAGUUCAUUGAUGCAUUCAACACUGCUGUUAACAAGGUGGGAAACCUUAUCACUCUGUUUGAGAUCAAUCUCUGUUCAUAA